AUGUCUCCUUCAAACUCCUCCUCCUCACCAAAAAAUGAUCAGAGACUCAAUGCUAUUGUAGUUGCCGCACAGGAGAAGAGAAAUAUGACUAGUCCCAUACAAGUGUCUCCUCAAGAGGUUGUGCCUGAAAUGAACAAUCUGAAAAAAGUGUCUCCUCAAGAGGUCAUGCCUCAAGUGAAAAAUCCGGAACAAACGUCUCCUAAAGAGAUUGUGCCUGAAGUGGACAAUCUGAAACAAGUGUCUCCUCAAGAGGUCGUGCCUGAAGUGAACAAUUCGAAACAAGGGUCUCCUCAAGAACAAGUUUCUCAAGAGGUCGUGCCUGAAGUGAACAAUCCGAAACAAGUGUCUCCUCAAGAGGUUGUAAAUGAAGUGAACAAUCCAAAAAAAGUGUCUUCUCAAGAGCUCGUGCCUGAAGUGAACAAUCCGAUACAAGUGUCUCCUCAAGAAGUUGUGCCGGACCUGAACAAUCCGCAACAAGGGUCUCCUCAAGAGGUUGUGCCUGAAUAUAAGAAGAGGUCGAGUUUCGAGUUACAUGUUCUCCGAACAAUAAACAAGUUGAUGAAAAAAUAUCCAUCACUGAAUAAUCAUGCCCUUAUUUGCAACAUUUGCAAGAGAGGGUUCCCAAACGCUCAUUCCCUAUGCAGUCACCAAAAAACCCACAAGCAUGAUCUAGAGUUGGAGUGGAAGAUGAAGCAUGUGGAUCCAAGCCACUCUCAUGGACAAUGCUUUCGGAAGAAGAAGCCUGAUAACUCUUACCAAGGUAUGUCUAACUCGGUGGACGUUGGUGGGUCUUCACAAGAUACUUUAUCAAAUGAUCAUAAGCGUCUUGGGAUCUCUCCUGGUAGCGUCAGAAACAUGGACGAGGUCAUGGGUUAUCCUUCGGCUCCUCCAUACGGGAAGACUAACUAUGGUUUUCCUUUAGUCACACACAACUAUUACCGCUCAAAUUUAUCAGAUAAUAACCGCAGUGGUCUCUAUUUUGAUCCUUUUAUGCGUAAUGGAGGAGGUAGUAACAGUAACUACCCAUCGUUGGUCAAUGGUGGAUUCACCAUGGCUCCUACUCCUGCGACUCCAUACCGUCCUUUCAUAGUGAACCCUAGCAGUGGCCCACGUGAUUCAACAAUUAUGAACCCUAGCAAUACCUUAGGAAGCUGUAGCAACAACAACAACAGUAGCUCACAAGGUGAAAUAUCACUUGAGCUCACUCUUGGUCCAUCUAAGUGGAUGGGAGGCAGCAACAAUAACAACAGCAGCGUGCAUCCAUCUUUGAAAGCUGGAGUCACUGGAGGAGGAAGCAUGGACCUGAACAUGCCACUGCGUCCUAUUGCGUCUCGUAAUCAUUUUUACAGCACUAACCCGCUUGCUAGAGUCACUAGAAACGUUCCUCCUCCUUGUCCAGUCACCAGUCUUCCUAAUGAUGAAGAUGUUCCGAGCUCUAGUUCCUUAAAGGAGAAAAAUCAUGAUGCGGAUCAGCCGGGAAGAAGCUGA